ACCAAAGUGUCAAGUGGUGUCAAAAGUGGAAAGUUGUUUCGACAAUUUUUGGUUAAAUAAUUCGGAAAAAUGUUAAAAAAAACAACAAUCAUGCUUGUAAAUUUGCGAAAUUAAUUUGAACCUCAAUAGUUUAAUGUUAAUAUUGUGUAAACAGUGCUCUCAAAGAACAAUAGAUGUCAAUAAAGUCUGUUUUCGCGUAUACACUGUCAUCCAAAAUGGCAGGGAAGACGAAGAAGUUGUGUUUGGACAUUAGCUGAUGUGAGAUGUGAAUAGUGAAAAGUUACCAUUGACAGUGUUGUGUGGGUGUGAGUUGAGCGCGGAAAUGCGGACAUAGCGCGUACAAUGGGUUCGCAGACUUUAGAGAUACUACGCCAGGGUAUAUGGGCAUCAUUAACUGGCGGUUGGUUCUACGACCCUCACCAGAACCUAUUUUGCAACACAGUACACCUAUACAUCUGGCUGUUCUUGCUAUGUCUCCCGUUUUCCGUGUACCUGUAUUUCCCUCCCGCAAGCCUUGGCUGGUUGAUCUACUGCGCUCUAGUGGCCAUUCUGUUCACUGCCCUGAAGCUGAUUAACCACGGCUUGCACCACAUGUACGACACCAACGAACUGAUAGUUGUGCAGUCCACCGACGAAGCUGGGAACUCUAAUGAGAACACAGCUUUGUUGUCAACCCGCAGGCCGGAGGAGGGCAUGGAGAUGCAGACCCUGGGCGGGACGGCCGCCCCGCAGAGCGACAACGAUUCGGUGACGUCAUUUGAGUACCACAAGCCCGACAACAGCACUAUAGAUUUAAAAGUGGACGUUCAUCGAAAGAACAGUUCAGAGUCGAGCGUAGAGGAUAGCGCGACGUCUGCAAAACAGCCGCCAGAACCGGUUGCGAAAACGAAAUCCGAUCUAUGCGUAGUUCAAACCGUAGAUGUCGCAGGACCGUCGAAAACCCGUCCAACGAGAAACCGAUCAAAAUCCGCACACAGAAGGGAACAGAGAGUCAAAGUUUGCCGGGGACACGGACGAAUCGAUGAACUGAUCGUCGAAGAAUUGCGAAGUCCAGUUGUCGAGGCGAACAUACCUCUGCACGUCAUCGCAGACGAGAGUUCCUUCGCCAAAAUGAAAGUCAACAGACGAUACCACGAGUGCCUGCAUCGACACGAUUCAACCAACAGAGACUUUUUUAAAGAGUGGUUAUAUUUGGACGGCAAUAUAGUCGCCGGCGAACCUUACCAGUCGAAGUAUGCGCGCCAACUCAGUUCCGACUCCAGAGACAAUUCAGAACCGAGUGUGGGACCGCCGUCUCCAAAGAAGAGGACUUCGCAACGAAGAAGAUACACGAACUACCACGAUGAAAGCUGCACCAAAUCCGCGAUGGCCUUAGCGACGGCUCAAUCGUCGAACAUGAGGAGAAAUUCAAACUCAACUAUGUCCACCAUACAGCUGCCAUUGUUAAAUUCGACAGCUCAGUUAGUUUCACACAUGAGAAGGCAUUCCAACAAUGCGGAUACAGGGUUUUUCGCGAGCGUUGAGUUGGGCGAAUAUAUGAUGGUUAAAGCCGAAGCUCCGGUGGGAGAUGCCGAGAAGAACAGAGGCAAAAGCCCUGGCGUGAGGCGAAUAAAAAGUGCGGCUUUGGAAAUAGGAUGUCCUCCACCGAGCGUUUCAAAUUUAUCACCUCAUCCAAAUAGUGUAGAAACGAUAGGCGGCCAAGUGCUUAAAAAUCCUAAAAGUGCUGUAAUUCCACCGCCAAGUAAGUGUUUAACGCGUGGGCCUCAUUUAAACCUCUACCCUAAAACUGAAUCUGGCGAAGGCUGCAGCUACCCAUAUCUGACAUACGGAUCAGAAAUCGUUUACCCUAUAGCCGAAAUAUCAGAUGAAAUGCAAACGUCUCAGAAAGAAACCGAUUUGGACUCCAGUGGUGAAAGUUACAGUGAAUAUGAGGAUGAAAAACAGUUUCGCGGUUUCGACUGGGAAGCUGAACAGUCGCCAGCGUUGCGGUCUAGUGACUCGGAUUACGAAAAUAAUGGUUCUAGGUCACCUUUAUUAGACAAAGUUAACGAUAUUCGGGUAGUGCGAUCAAAAAACCAAAACGAUUGUAAAAAACAUUGCUGUGAGCGACACCAAAAUAACAAACACCACCCAGAGUGCCCUAACGAAAAAUCAAAACCUGUGAGAUUAAAAAAGCUGAAAAGUGAAGCACGGGCCGGUAAAGCUACAAACACGUGCGAUUGUAAAUAUAAUCCGAAUAGUGAAUAUUUAGACAAAGCCAGUGCCAGUUCGAAAGAUUUACUAAUAGAAAAAUCAAGUUUAGAAUCUAAUGACAACGGAGGCGAAAAGGAGCACGAUAAAAAGCCAGUAGAGAAGAAACUUUGGGACCAUGACAUAUCUAACACUAGUAGCAGUAGUAGUGAAAUGGAGAGAGCAGAAGAUGAUGUUAAGUGUGAAAAAAGUAAUGCGCCUGAAACUGAGGAAUCACAGCUGACUUGUGAUAGUAAAAGUGCAGACGAAAGGAGUGUAUAUAGUUUGGAUUGGUUGUUCGAAGAAUCUGAAUCCAAAGCUGUGUGUUGCAUGGAAAUCUUAGGCCCAGAAGAGGUCUUACGCCAAAAACUUGCAAACGCUUUAGGCGAGUCAUCAUCCAACGUUCCAAAAAACUUAGGAGCCAUACCAAAGCAAAUAAAAAACCUAGCCCGCUCUCGAGCUUCCUCCCAGAAGGAGAACAAAAUGAAAGAUUCUAGGAAGGACAAAGAUGAAAAUCAAGCUGAAGACCAAAUAUUAAUGGAUGCAGUGGAAGCUCAAGCUGCUUUGGUACAAGGGUUAGAAUGUCUAUUUGCUGCUACGAAUGCAAAUACUGUAGUGAUGCCACCAACGAAUAGGGAGGAAAGGCCGAGGAGUCACAGGCCGAGUAUCAGAGGAGAGAGGGACAGUGUGCACAAAACUCGAAAACGUUCCAUAGAAGAGGUCGCACAAACAUCAACUAACACAUUACUCCCUACCUCCAUGCCUUUACUAGCCGCAUUCCUGAACUCUAGAGUUGAAUUCACGCCUUCUUGUGUGCCUGAUAACCCCCAGCCCGCCCAACCGGGACAAUCCACUGAAGAAGGACAAAGACUGAGACCUUUAAUGGAUAGGAAUCACCGAAAUAGAGUGAGAAAAAUCAAACGUUCUACGCGCCAACGAAACAAUCCAGCCUUGCAACACAGCAAUGCAGAUAAAAAAGAUAAACCAUCAAAUUCAGAGAAUCCCAACACAAAUAAUGUGCAUUUUGCGACAACAUUUGAGGACACCACUGAUGGGGCGAUACAUUGUUUCAUGGAUGAAUACGGCAAUUGGAUGUCUUAUACGUUUGAUAAGAAUACUGCCAGCCGAACUCAAGCUCAACCAAUGCCGUUAGCGGAAAAGAAACCACAUUCGAGAUUUACUACAACUAAAGUUAUAGAAACUCCCGACAUGUCGCUGGAAACUGCAGGUGAAGGCAGUUGCGGGUCACUAGAAUCUGAGGCUCCAAAUAGUGAAAGUAUAGCAAAGACGAAAAGGGGAGACAGUAUAGACCAAAGUUCGUCAAAUCAAGGCAGUAACAAUCCUCUACUAUCGAGUAACAAUAACGUAUCUACCGUCGUUCCUAUUAAUACAAAUAAUAGUACUAAUAAACGAUUUUACGUCUUUGAUGGAGGGACUGGUUCACAUUCUGACCAGCCAAAGUCGCCGGUUGCUAUAGUGACUGAUAGUUUUUUAGAGCAAAUUGAGGCAGAAAGACAGUCCAGGAUGGGGCUGCCGAGUAUGCACAUCAACUUUCUGAUGAAUCAACAGAGAGCUUUGCAGCAGGCUGUACAGCAAACUGAAAGCACUUCAGUAAACACACACAUACCGAGUUUGAUGCCUUCGAUAGGUGAAGAGAGUCUAGAAACAAACAUCAGGAGUAAAUUCUCAAAGCUAAUGGACGAUUUAGACAAGCCAAAUAAACCGAAAUCUAAAAGCUACUACAAGUUUAAACUUUCAAAAUGCCUGGAGGUCAAAGUUGCAAUGGAUAGGUUGAAACUGAUGGCUCUCUUUGACCGGAACCUUACUUUUAAAGAGACCUUUGUGUGUAUUAUGCUAGCCAUAUCUGUUGCCGUUUUAGGCUCCAUGGUAUUAAAUUUGGGUUUCUAUAGGGACAUUUACGCGUUUUGGUUCUGUUUUAUAAUGGCUGGAAGUCAAUACUCUCUGCUCAAGAGCGUCCAGCCUGACUCAGCCUCACCUGUACACGGUUUCAAUAAGAUGGUUGUCUUUUCUCGGCCAGUCUAUUUCUGUUUGUGCACAGCAAUACUGUGCGCAGUUCACAGCCAACUGCAAGAGAUCGGUACUCCAGAAGAUACAAAUAUACGUACUAAGAGAAGUGUAGACGUCAGCAAACCCAUGACAAUAUACGGUUUCGAAUUUAACGAAAGAGAUUUUUUAUAUGUGAUACAAGAGAUUUUAUCUAAGUUCUUAUUAUUUUUUCCUUUAGCCUUCAGCUUGGGGUUAUUUCCCCAAGUGAACACCUUCCUGAUGUACUUAUUAGAGCAAGUUGACAUGCAUGUAUUUGGAGGCAAUGCCACUAGUAGUCUCAGCGCUGCUGUGUACUGUGUUGUCCGAUCAUUGGCAGCCAUUGGAGUGCUAUACGGUUUCGCAUACAGUGGACUGGUAGAAGGGAAAAAAUCCCAACAUCAAAAGCACAAUAUCCUAUUCUCCAUCUUCUGCGGUCUCUUAGUACCGAUAGCGUAUCACUUGAGUCGCAGUGCGAGUGACUACACACUGAUUUGGAAUUUAAUAAAGAAGCAUUUAUUACCUCCAGAGCUUUACGUCGUACACACACCCGAGUGUACCCCAGAAUCAGAAAAGAACGAUCCAAAUACUCUGACCGAGGAAAAGAAGAACAACUCUGAAAGUAAUAUAUCGAAAGAGAAUUCGAUCGGUAGUUCUGCGUCCAAAAUCAACUUCAGUUCGGAAACAAACAUUGCGCGAACUCAAAAAAGAUCACAAGCGUCCAGUGUUAGUUCUUUAAAAAUGGAUCCCAGAGGUGAUACGAAUUCGACUACGUCUCUCAAAAUUGUCGACCGUUUCGAAGAUGCAACUGAAGUUGAGGAUAAAAGUCGCGACUUAAAUACUCUGAAUUCUAAUACUAAUAAAACAGAUAAUGAGAAACCUGAUGAGGACAUGGAGGAUCCUUUGCCGAAGAAGUUGCAAGCGACAGUAAACGCGAGACUGAAGAACGAUGUGAUAGUGUGUACUUUUCUUGGUCUCUUUGUGUUCGGGCUGCACUGCACGACUGUCUUCACUACACUGAGACCGCAACUCAAUACGGUGCUAUGGAUAAUAGCGGGUAUCCUGGGCUGGGUGCUGCACUACGUGACGCCGCAGCUGCGCAAGCAGCAGCCGUGGCUGUGUCUCGCCGGGCCCGUGCUCAAGCAGCAGGAGCACGCGCAGUUCGAGGUCACCGAGCCGGCCAAACUUAUGAUAUUUGAGAAGAUCUUCGUGUACCUGUGCUUCCUGGAGCGCAACGUGCUGUACCCGGCCGUGGUGAUCGCGGCCGCCACGCAGGACGCGCCCGCCAUCGCCGCCAAGUACGGCGACGCGGUCGGCGCGCUCAUCAUAUGCGUGUGCGCGCUCAAGUGUCUCAGAAACGCGUACUCGGAACCAGACAGCCAGUAUCUGAUCCUGGUGUUCGCGGUUCUGUUGUUCCAACGCGACCUCAGCAGCCAGAAGGUGUCGGAGACCUUCCUCGUCGACUACUUCAUCACUGCCAUCAUAUUCAGCAAGGUGUACGAGUUUCUGUUGAAGAUUCAAUUCGUGGUGACGUACAUAGCGCCGUGGCAGAUCACGUGGGGCAGCGCGUUCCACGCGUUCGCGCAGCCCUUCUCCGUGCCGCACUCCGCCAUGUUGUUCCUGCAGGCGGCCGUGUCCGCGCUGCUGUCUUCGCCCCUCACGCCGGCGCUCGGUAGCGCAAUAUUCAUGACGUCGUACGUGCGGCCGGUCAAGUUCUGGGAGCGCGACUACAACACGAAGAGAGUCGACCAGAGCAACACCAGGUUGUCUUCACAGCUCGAGAGGAACUUAGGAGCAGACGACAAUAACCUGAACUCGAUAUUCUACGAGCACCUGACUCGUUCCCUACAACACUAUCUGUGUGGAGACCUUAUGCUUGGCCGAUGGGGUCAAGUGCAACAAGGGGAUUGUUUUGUGCUAGCCUCCGACUAUUUGAACUGUCUGGUACAUAUCGUGGAGAUGGGGAAUGGAUUGGUGUCAUUUCAACUGAGAGGGCUGGAGUUUCGCGGGACAUACUGCCAGCAGCGGGAGGUAGAGGCCAUAUCCGAGGGGCCAGAGGAGAGUAUUGAGGGUGUAUGCGGCUCGCGCUGGCUGUGCGGCGGGCGCGUGCUGUCGCCGGGCUCGUGGUGGGCGCUGCGCUGGCUGGCGUGGCAGCUGGCGGCGGCGCGCUACGUGCUGGAGGGCUACUCCGUCACCGACAACAGCGCCGUGUCCAUGCUGCAGGUGUUCGAGUUCCGGAAGGUGCUGCUCAGCUACUACGUCAAGAGCAUAAUCUACUACACGAUCCACUCCCCAAAGCUGGACGAGUGGCUGUCUUCGCCUGAACUCGCCGAGGCGCUCAAGCCGAUGAGUGAGAGGUCAUUCGUGGACCUGGACCCCAUCUUCAAUGUCAACCUAGAUGAGGAUUACGACUUCCGAUCUUCAGGUGUUACCAAGAGUAGAUUCUGCACGAUAUACCAGGAGUGGAUAGUGCACUGCAGUGCGCGCCGCGGCGGAGGUUGGCGCAGACGGGCCUCGGCAAGAGACUCGCCUCUGGUCACGCUGUGCUUCGCGCUCAGUCUACUCGGCAGGAGGGCAUUGGCGGCUGCUCAGCAUCUGUCUGCAUCUAGCGUGGAGUUCUUCCUGUACGGGCUGCACGCGCUGUUCAAAGGCGACUUCCGCAUCACGUGCGCGCGCGACGAGUGGGUGUUCUCCGACGUGGCGCUGCUGCACUCCGUGCUGGCGCCCGCCGUGCGCAUGGCGCUCAAACUGCACCAGGACCACUUCAUGUUCCCGGAGGAGUACUGCAGCAGCGCCGCGCUGUACGGCGCCAUCUCGUCGCACGCGCAGCGCCUCGUCAUCUGCCACGAGGCGGCGCCCGCCUGGCGGUACAACGUGCUGCGCGGCGCGCCGCACCUGCUCGCGCUCCGUCACGUCAUGGAUGAAGGGAACGACGACUACAAGAUCAUAAUGCUGAACAAACGCCACCUGGGCUUCCGCGUCAUCAAGCUGAACCGCGAGUGCGUGCGCGGGCUGUGGGCGGGCCAGCAACAGGAGCUGGUGUACCUGCGGAACAGGAACCCGGAGCGGGGUUCCAUACAGAACGCUAAACAGGCGCUGCGUAACAUAAUCAACUCGUCGUGCGACCAGCCCAUCGGGUACCCGAUCUACGUGUCGCCGCUCACCACGUCGUACGCCGACAGCUCGCCGCAGCUGUGCUCGCUGCUGGGCGCGCCGCUCACCGUCUCCUCCAUACGCGACCAGCUCGUCGCUCUGUGGCGCAGGAUACGUCGUCGUUGCGGCGAGGGCUGCUCCAGCGGCGCUUGCGAAGCGGCCACAGCGGAGGCGGGGCGCGCGCCCUCGCGCAACGUGCCCCCGUCUCUGCCCACCAGGAGCUCGCUGCCCUCUCACGCCUCGCACGCUGCUUCACUCGGCGGAACCCGCGGCAGCCUGUCGAGCGCGGGCAAGCCGACGUCGUCCACUCUGGCGUCUCUGGCGGGACUGCUGAGGGAGCACUCGCACGAGCGGGCGCAGGAGGAGCCGGUGUACAUCACGUACCAAGACGUCGCGGAGGCACAACGACGCACCGAGGAGGCGCGACUGUCGCGUCGCGAUCGCAACGCGCGUGCACGCUCGCAGAUGAGCAACAGGAGUCGUCUGCGGCGCGACGCUCGUCUGCCGGCGUCGUUCCGGCUACUGGCCGUGUCGGACACGCUGCGCCCGCCCGAGCACGCCGACAUGCGGCACACUGACGACGGACAGGGUUCCGCAGGUGGAUGGGAAUGCGGUUGGCGAGAACAGCCACGUCGCGCAGCUAGUGCUAAGGUGUCGGGCACGCGCGCGUCGCGCUCGUCGCGCGGCUCGGGCUCGGGCUCGUCGCUGGAGGAGGCGGGCGCCAGCGGGCUGGACGUGUCGCUGCCGGACUGCAAGAUCAUUGCCAACAGGAGCGCCAGGCAACCCAGCGCCGCCAGAUUCUUCAUAAACGAAGGUACAUCAAAAGAUCUCACCAAAGUCAGCAGAGACAUUCGACACGAAAGGGAAAGUUACCGAGACCUCACAGGCAGGUACAUAGAGAAACCUGAAGUUAUUCCUCUAAAAGAAACCCACUAUUCAGAUAUAUCCAACAAGGAGUCCAUAUUGAAGAAAGAACAGAAGAAGGACCCUAAGCCUAAGGAAAUAAAGACUAAAAUCAAACGAUCAGAUUCAGGGAAAAGUGAAUUAAAAGUGAAUAUCAGUGUUGGUAGCAAAGUGUUGAUAGUUGAACCUCUGGGAGUGUAUGACUGUAUCAACUUGGGGAGGAGGAUCGACGUGCUGUGGCCCUCCGAGUACCAGAGGGAGAGAGGUGGGAGGAACUAUUGGGGGAGUUGGGUACCCAUGGCAGGGAUGGAUGGUUUGGUAGUACAUAAAUGGACACCGAGCCACCGAGACCCCAAACUACGGUCUCACGUCGACAAAAGCAUCCUCUUGCUACAAAUCGACGACAGGUUCGUGCCUAUCGCUGAGAACUGCGUGCAAGACCUCGGUGACGAAGUGUAGAACUCGAGUUAUAGGUCUCGUCAAAUACGUCAUCCAGUUAUAGAUCUCGUCGAAUACGUCAACCAGUUAUAGGUCUCGUCAAAUACGUGAUCCAGUUAUAGGUCUCGUCAUAUACGUUAUACAGUUAUAGAUCUCGUCAAAUACGUCAACCAGUUAUAGAUCACGUCAAACACGUCAAACUAGUCUGAUUGGUGACUUGUCUUGACUUGACUUGUUGCAAAUCGACAAUACCUAGGUCCAAUACUUAUAUAAUGUAGGUAAAGUUAUUCAAUCGCAGGGAAACUUUGGUUUUGGAUGUUGUAAGGUGACAACAGACACAUUCUGUAUAAACUAUAGGAACGACGGCACAGUAGAAAGGCAAUGUUAAAUUAUUAUUUAUAGUGAUACAUGGCAGCAUAUGACAUAAAAAUCAAAUCAAAAAGCUGUUGCUUAAAAAUCAUUUACAAGCAAAUGAUAAUUUUAUAAUGUUUCUACAUUGCUGACGUUCCAUCUGUUACACAAACCAACCCGCUUAUCCAAUGCAUGUAUGUACACCUUACUUCUACAACCAAAGUAAAACUGUCAUCAUAAAAUAGAAAAUCCAUAUGAUUUGCGCAUCAAACUGAUUUAUAAAUCACGUCAAACAGCUAUUUAUAAGUCACGUAAAAUCACUAUUUAUGAGACGCGUCAAACAACUGUUUAGAAACCACGUCAAACUAUCUAUCCAAGUUUAGUAACUUGUGGUAUCAGAUCGCCGAUAACUUUGAUUUAUCGUGAAAAUCCACCCACAGAAUAUAGACAAUGAAGUCUAGAUACGAAACCAAUGAGUUAUAGACUGCGUCAACCUUGUUUGAACAGAAUAUAUAGUUCUGUAUUGUAAAAAGAAGACACUUGUUCUCAUAGCAUACAAUUUCAUUCAAAACAAACAAUCAAAUCGAGAUUUAAAUAAUAAUUUAUAUGUUGUGUCAGACAUUGUUUCUGACGCAGCUUAUAAAUAUUCUGCCAGAUAUAUAGUUUACAUAUCUGUCUGUAUAUUAUAUAUACUGUAGUCAAAAAUUACUACAAUUUGAGUAAUUUUGAAUCACGUCAAAAAAAUAGACAACGAAAUCUAGACUCAGAACCAUUGAUUUAUAGAACACGUCAAACUUUAUGCUGAGUUCUGAGUUAAGUCAUUAGUCGCAGCGUUUUAACAUGGAAAUACUAUGAUGUAUAAGCUAAUACUGACUCAUAUGAGAAAAAAACAACUAUAUGGCACAAAACUACUCACAUAAAUGGCUAUGAUUAAGAUUUAAAUAUAAAUUCACCUAGUCACGGUUUAAAAAAAAUAACACGGAUUUGACAGAAUAUUGUAAAAAUUCUAAUUACUAUGGAAAGUCUAUUUGUCUAUGUUUCAUUCUGAUAUACACUAAAUUAAAAAUGAAAAUUAUUGUGAUUAUUCUACCAGAAAUUUAAAUAAAUAUUUGGUUUUUAUUUAGUUUAACAAAGUUUUAACCCUCAUUCGUUCGAGAGUUUUUUUAACGGACGUUAAAAAAUCGUUCAAAUACAACAAAUAUGCAUUCCCACGACAGCGUUUUAAAGACAUGGCACUUUUUUUUUUGACGACCUCCGUGGCGCAGUGGUAUGCGCGGUGGAUUUACAAGUCGGAGGUCCUGGGUUCGAUCCCCGGCUGGCUCGAUUGAGGUUUUCUUAAUUGGUCCAGGACUGUCUGGAAGCUUCGGCCGUGGCUAGUUACCACCCUACUGGCAAAGACGUACCGUCAAGCGAUUUAGUGUUUCGAUGCCGUGUAGAAACCGAAAGGAUUGUGGACUUUCAUCCUCCUGACAAAUUAUCCCGCUUUCAUCUUAGAUUGCAUCAUCACUUACCAUCAGGUGAGAUUGUAGUCAAGGGCUAACUUGUAAAGAAUAAAAAUUGAGCUGUGUUGCAUUUUAAAUUUUGGGCGUUGAAAAUAGACCUUCAUUUAACUUCAUACUAUAUUUGAACGCUUUUUUUAACGUCCGUUGUAAAAACUCUCGUGCGAAUGAUGGCUUUGUGUAAACAACAAUGAGUCAAGAUCAACAACUCUUUACGUAUUUAAUUAUUAGGAAAAGCGGCCGACUCUUGGCCUAUGUUGUGAUUUCGAAUAACAGGAUAUCGUUAUUGAAUCGACUAAAAAUAAUUUUAAUCAUGUAAAAUGUUCUAUAAAAUUGUUAGAAAUUUCCAAGUGUGUAAAAAAAGUGUUAUCACAUUAAAAGUUAAAAUCUAUUUACAUUGUUGGACAUUUCUAAACAUAUAUACUAAACGUUCGUGUAGUUAAUUCAAAAAAUGUGUAUAUAUAUAAAAAAUACGCUUGAAAUGUAUGUAUGUAUGUUGCAUUGUAAAUAAAUGUACAUAAUGUAUAAAAAUGUAUGCCGUAGCCUGUAUAGUACAUCUUGUGUUGUAUGAAACGAUUUGUGUAAAGUACGAUUUUGUUUUGGGCAAAGUUCGCAUAUAUAUAUAUCUAUUUAUUUAUUUAUUUAUUUAUUUAAUAAGGACAAACAACAGCUGUUACAUUGUCACGUGUCAAUAAUUUACAUUAAUAUACUAACUUAUUGCACAGAUUAUUAUAGGUUAUCACAGCAUUCACUAUUAAAAUUACUUAUGUCAAAACUACAGUUGUCAGCAAUGAAUCAAUGUUAAAAUAUACAAUGCAAAUUAAUAUCAAAAAAUGUCGGACUACUAUAAUUAAAAGCUAUUAAAAUAAAAAAUAAAUCACGUAAAAUUAAAUAAAUAAAUAAAAAAAAACAAGAAAAUUAUAUCUUAAAAUCUAUUAAACAAUAAACAUGUUUUAGGGAUUGUAUAUGCAAUGAUCUAUUACACACAAUUCCAGUAACAUAGAUAAAUGUUUAACGAAAAAUAAGGACAAAUAUUUUAUAAUACUAGUUUUACGUUGGAAUUUAAAAAAAAACAAAUGUGAAUAGCGGCAAACUUUCAAAAGUAAAACGAACUGUCACCCGCACCACCCUACAUGAAACGAACUGUUGCAGAGCGUAUCCGACCGAUGAUACACUGAACCAAAUGAAAAAUACUCAUUCACAAAAAAGUCUUUCAUUGGCAAUUACGAACUUUGCCUGUAACAAAGUCUAUUUUUUUAUUUUUGUUACUUUUUUCACUAAAUUUUAAUUUUAAGUCGUAACUCUCUCCCAAAAAACAAAUCUUAGUCCCUUUAGCACCAAAAAUGUGGUUUGUAUGUAUGUAUAUUGGUACAAAAUUAAGUUAUGUAGUUAAAUAAAGCGGUGUACACACUAUUGCUUUUGAGUGUAUUUAAAAAUACUCGGACAUUGUUUAAUCUACCAAUAACUUUUAAUAGCGUAUUUAAAGACUUCCUAGUCUUCUUUCUCUAUGCACAAUUUAAGAAUAGAAUAAAGGUUUUAUUCACAACUUAGGCAAACCGAUUAAUCUUUUCUAUGUUUACAACCAUAACUUUGUUUUACAUGUUAAAAUUAAAUCAUUUUAAAAAUAUAAAACGACCACAAGGGUUUUUACUUCAGUUUUACAUAUAUCAGCGUCAGAAGAAAUAAACUAAAAAGUGAAAAAACAAAUAAAAGCAUAUUUAUUUACCAAGUCCAGAAACUGUUUGUUUUUGUGUAUAAUAGUUUCUUUAUAUUUCAGCACAGUGUGUACGUCGCUUUAUAUUUAUAUGUAUAAUACUAUCGCUGUUAUUUGUUGGGUAUAUAUUUAUUACAUUAACUAACGUAUUGUUCGAACGCGUACAGUAUAGCUAACGCACAGUUCAGAAACAGACACCAAUUAAAAAACAACAAGCCUUGUAAGGUUAUCCUAUAGAACUGGGAACUUCUAAUGUCUAAAUUUGUUUAGGCACGCCUUGCUGGACUAAUAUAGUCUAAUACGAGUAUGAUAUAUCGCGCCAGGAGAUAAUGAGAUAAAUUUGACUUCACGCCCCAUUGCUACGAACGAAAGUAAUAUUUAUGUUACCUCUUUCGUUGCUAUAGGACGAAAAAAAGAUACGAGUAUAAGUAACUCAAAUUAUCUUUUUAUCACUUCGGGAUACCACCUUAUCGGCGAAAGACGUACUGCUAUCAGAACCAAGUGGUAUGAUUGGUUGUUAAUUUUUAUGUAUAUACAUAUUGAACUCAUCACGGUUUUUUAACUGAGGAAAUAGAGUUAUAGCGGGACUCAUGUCUGACAAAAUAUUGAAACUAAUGCAUUUAUUUAUUUUAAAGCGGCACAAAAAUAAACUAAAAACUUGGUGACUUAAAUAGUGUGAAAAGCAAGUGACUAUGCGACACUUUGGCUUCAUCGUCUGGACUGCGCCCUUUGUUACUUUGUUAGGAAAGUCCGGUUGCACCACUCGCAGUAUAUCUGUCUACUACUGUAGUCGUAGAUAUAAGAAGGCUUCUAAAUAAAUGGCAUACUGCAUCAAGAUGUUCUAAACGCCUUUGCUCGACCUCUGCUAAUAACCUUUGAGUGACUAUAGAAUGUUGAACACUGCCUAUUCUGAACUGUAUGAUUAGUACACUGCGCUAAGUACGUUGAGUUUUACGAAUUUAAGGGGAUUACAAUAAUUAUUCCAGUUGAUCGUUUAAAAUUUAAAUUAUUAUAUUCUAAAAAUUAAAUCUAAAUGUAUAAUUGUGUAUUUCUUCUAAACGUUAUCAAUCUGGUGGUUUGGAAUUUUUCUUUUAUGAGACAUUUUCGUUAGUAAAUGAAGCGUUUAUACUUGACCUAAAGCCUUGUUGUAUGAUGGGGGAUUGAUGAGGUGAUUGUUGAUGACCUUGCAUGUUGUUGAGUAUUUACAUCAAUUCUUAUAAGAAGUCCGUAUUGAAGGUGAACGACACAUUGUAUAUGUAUGAAAAUGCAGUAAACUGCUUCAUGGAUGGCUUAGGUAUUGACUUUUCGUCACGUAUGUACGCUUGAGGUCACAAAAACAAUUUUUAAAAAAGAUCAUGAAAAAAUUAAAAUUUAAUGUCACAAAAUGCUAAACAAAUUAUGAAAUGUUAUUUGUUAAAAAACAACAAUAAAAUAUUUUUGAGCAUAAUCCGUUUUAAAACUGACAUUUUUUCUUAAUAUUUUGUAAAAGAAUUCAUGUGGCCGAUUUGUAAAACGUGUAACAGAUUCUAAGUAUCCCUUCACAAAUACCAGACACAUUUUUUUUAAAUAACUUGCUUUACGGCUCUGGGUUCCAAUAGCUUUGAGCUUAAACACCACAGUGAGAACAGUUCUCAGACAAAAACCGAAUUACACAUAUUUAGACUGUCAAUGUCAUUCCCUGACUUUUCUUUAAUACCUAUGUAUUCACUAGAAAUUACAUAUUUUUUUCGCGAGUUGCCUUAAUAUAUUUUAGACUGAUUUUUUAUAAUCGCGAGCGCAUCUAAGCCGUUGUUAAUGCUAAAUCGGUUGUACACGAUACAGGCAACCGGUGACCAUUAUAUAGUCUUAUUUUAUUAUUAUUAUAGCCUUUUGAAUUUAUUCUGUAUCAGACUAAAAGUCUGAUUUUUUUGGACUUACAAAUUAAUUUAAUACCAUUUUUAAAUUGGCACGUAAGUUACAGCGUGGUUUAAAGCUAUGAUUCAGAAAAAUAAUCCCAUAUAUUAUAUCUUAAAUAACUUGUUGCAUAAUAAUAAAAAAUGUACACUUAAAUAAAUUAAAUUGGUUGUUUUAUUUCAAAAGUAUGGUCAGUUUUCUUGAAGUUUUAUCAAUUGGAUAUUAAACCAGAAACCUAAAAUAAACAAAUUGCGACUGUCGCGUUUUGAUUGCGACAGUCGCGUUUCAAAUGUGUCAAGGCGUUUCCGUGUGUUGUGUACAGCCGAUUAACUGACUGUAUGAAUAUAAACUAGACUAUUGUUAACAUAUAGUACCUAUUGCAUUGGAACCAUUUUGAUAAGUUACAAUAAAAUCAAUAUAAAUGUAAGUCGAUUAAACGAUUGUAAAGAUUUAAAUAUGUUUUUUAUGUAAAUUAUUUUAGCUGGCACCUCAACGUGAUAGGUCUUUUCCCCUUAACUGCAAUACUUACUAGAUGCAAAAAUGCAUUGCAUACCCCUAGAACUCGCUACAAGCCUUUAUUGGAGAAGGAAUUUUCCAUUUAAUACAUUUUCUACAUAUAGUGCAUACCCUAGAUGAAAACUUUGUGCACGCCACUGGGUAUCUCCUAUAAAAAGGAUGGCCUAGGCCUUUAAGGCUCGCUGAAAUGGGCUAAUAAUACAAGUAUAAUACGAAUGAGUUGAGUUGCCAGGUAAAAAAAUAUAUAAUGUACAUAGAGAUUAAAAAUAUAAUAAAAUAAUCUUGCUCUCUCUCAUGUCUAUGCGACCAAAGACGACGAAGCGGACAAGGAUUUUAUACUAUAGAUAUAUCACGCGCGUCGAAAAUGAAGCGGGAAAAAGUGACUAAUUGUCUUAAUUUCAUUUAGCCGCAUUGUAAACAAGGAAAGAUUAUUUAACUACAAUAUCGAGUUGUGCGUUCAAGAAGAUUAAUGUAUACAUAAAUUUAUAAUAUAUAUAAAUAUAUUUAUGUAUACAUAAAUAUAUAAUAUGUAUGAAUAUAUUUAUGUAUACAUAAAUAUAUAAUAUAAGUCAACACAAAAUUGUGCAUGUGUGCGCUCAGUGCAGUAACUAAAUUCGGAUCACUUUUUGCGGUGUUUUUGUUGGCACGUAACAUAUCUAAUAGUAGAAAUUCUUUGGAAGCAGUUCAUUAUCCAUUUGUAAUGUCAUCUUGUAACUUAUUAAAGUGACUCAAUUUGUCUCCUUUUGAAUGAUAAAUGUUAAGUGUUCACUGUACUUAUGAAGAACCGCGGGUUUUCACUUCCUUAUAUACGCCUUUUGCCUUUGAUGUACAAGGAUCCGAAACUGAACUAAAAAUAACAAGACGACAGGACGAUUCCCUACGGGUUACCUUUUUAAAAUCCUUAUAUACAUAUUCAUUAUUGUAAAGAAUAUGUAUGAGAAUCCAGAGUUUGUAUUAAGUGGUAUGAAUUUCCCUUUCUUUGGGACUUACCUUCGUCAAAAUUCUAUCUUUCGCCACUGGUGUAUACGCUGUAUAAUAUACUCUAUUUUACUUUAAAAUUUAGAUUUAAAAAAUCACGAACUAGAUUGAUCAAAUGUUUUUGUAAAAUUCAAUUUGAUUGGAGGUGAUUUUGAUUCAAGAAUUUUUUAUGGAAGUAAUGAAUGGUAUAUUACACAUUAUAUUUAAUAUUUAGUUCAGAUUCGGCGCCAAAUGUAUGUAUAUUUUUUCAAUUGAUCUUGAAAUACGAUCUAUUAUCCGCCCACUUUAACAUGCGCGAGUAAACUAAAAUGGGCGAAUAAUUGUGCCUCUGAGUAUAUUCUUGUUCAUGUUCUACGUUUAAAUGAUUUUUAGAAAGAACAUCGUUUCCUCUUAGAUAGUAAAUAAUGACAUCAUGAAAAAAAUGCCCCAAUUUUAAUAUUAAGUUUUCCACAACUGAAUGUAAUUUUCUUAAAUUGGUAUUAUUUAGACUAAAUUAAGUUGGUCUAUGGCCGGUCGUUAUCUUGUUUUUUUCAAAAUCACUGUCACUGAUAAUAUAUUCCGUUAUCAACCCAUAAUCGGCUCACUACUGAGCUCUGAGUCUGAGUCUCCUCUCAGGGAUAGGCCAAUAGUCCACCACGCUGGCCCACUGCGGAUCGGCAGACUUCACACACGCAGAAAAAGAAGAAAAUUCUCUGGUAUGCAGGUUUCCUCACGAUGUUGUCCUUCACCGUUUGAGACACGUGAUAUUUAUUUUUUCAAGAUAAUACUUAUAUAUUCGUAGUUAAUUUUAAUUCACUACAGACUGAUUUGAAAAAUAUUUUCACUAAAAGAAAGCUUCAUUGUGAAGGAGUAAAAUAUCCCACGGAAAUGGGAAAACCGCGAGGUUCUGCUAGGAAAGCAUAUACUUGUUUUUCUUUAAAAACUAAAAUACUUUAUCCAUCAUAUACAAAUUAAAUUUUUGCCUUCGUCAGCAAUUAUUGAAAAAUUCAAGAUAAACAACCCAAACCCGACCGACUGAUAAUUUUCAUACCUCUUUUUUUAAUAAUAAUAAUUGUUUAUGGUAUAAACUCUGAUGGCCACUGUAUAAAACAAUUACAAUCUAAUACUUGAGAAAAAAAUAGGAUCUGUUUUCACAACGUACAAUUGUAAAAAAAUGCACAGCGUGCGGUAAAAUGGUAUAAGUAUAGAUUUAAGUGAAAAUGUAAUUCUUGUAACAAUUUCGAAAUGUAGAAUUCUGAACUACGAAUUUAAUGUCAGUGUUACUUUGCAUUUACAUAUAGGGCUUCCUUUGUCGCUUCAUAUUGUCAGAAUCAGAGAAUAGUAGGACUUUGAAUACGAAUGCAUUUUACAAAGUUUGUAUAGGUCGCGCCUAAGUUCUAGUCCGCCCUGAACACGAGGCGUGUGCUUGCACAGUUAACGAAAACAUACGCCAGUCAUAUUGGAUAGAAGCAGGCGUUACUUUACGGAAGUUCAUUAUGAAUAUAUAAUAAUUUAUUUAUUUUGCUAUCAGCCGCGAAAAGCCGAAUUCUACAACGUGCAAUUGCAAAACAUAUCCUGAGGAUGCUCCGGUUUCGGGGUGAAACGUACGUAGAGAAUAUUUUGUCGGACCUGGGUGACGUUCUUGCAUGGGUUCGUCGGCUUUUCGCGGGUGAUAGCAAAAUAAAUUAUUAUAUAUAUCCCAGUCAGAUUAUAAAUAGCUGCUCCGGGGGAAAAUUCUGUAACGAUGUUUUGUAUAACUUGCAAGUGCGAGUUUCGAAUUGAUGUCUAUCUUUCUCUUUCUAUAGUAUCGUGUUAGACACAGAGAGAUAGAGGUGAAUUCGGAACUCGCACUUGCGAGUUAUUCAAAACAUCGUUACAGAAUAGCCCUCCAGUUUCGUGUGUUGCAAUAUCUGAGCGGACUAGAAGUUUGGCGCGACUUACCUAUGCUUGUACACAAAACCACUUGAGUCCUCGUAUGCGCGAUGCAGGCUGCUGAGCUCUGCUGAGCUCAACCGGAGCAUCCUCAGGAGAUGUUGACUCUACAACGUGCAAUUGCAAAAAUUUCGGUUUCGGGGUGAAACGUACGUAGAGAGUAUUUUGUCGGACCUGGGUGACGUUGUCGCAUGGGUUCGCCGAAUUUUCGCGGAUGAUAGCAAAAUAAAUAUAUCAUUAUAUAAUCAUGAUGAACUUCCGCAAAGUAACGCCUGCUUCUAUCCAAUAGUGAUUUUUCUUUUUUAACAUGGCGGGGAGAAAUAAACAUGGCUUCUUUGAAGUUCAAAUAAUUACUAAAUUUAAAUACCGACAGUAGUAAUAUUUAUUUAUUGUAUUUUAUAUACAUAAUGAUUAUAAUUCAUAAGAUUAAAAUGCUCUUAUGAAUUAUAAUAUAUGAGAAAUAGUAACAAUGUCCUUUUUAUACAUUUAGUAUUUAUUUUCAUUAAAAAACGUAGGCAACUCUACCCACGACUCUCUUGCUUCCCCUUUGUCACCAGCACCCCUGUUUCGCGCAGACGAGGACUCGGCUAGGAGGUUUGAUUAUUUCAAUAGGGUAGUUGACUCAUAUCAAAUUUAAUAUAAACAAUAUUAAUUUCGCAUAGUACAUGGAAUAAGGGUCCGGAAUAUAUUGAUAUUAAUUAUUAAAAGUUAAGGAUUUCUUAAAAAACUUAAUUUAAAAAUCAUGUAUUUUUUAAAUUUUCCAAACGUCAAAAACACUGUCGUCCAUUUUGUGACGUCAUAAUGUUAAUUGAUGUACUAAACGUCAAACAAAUUAUUAACUACCUAAUAGUUUUGUCAAACGCUGUUGUUACAGUGACGUCAUGAAACAGUUGAAAUAUGACCAUCAUGGCCGACGCGCGUUUUAACUGGUAUUUAAAAACUAAAUUUUCAUUAUACUCGUCUCAUAAAAUAUGAUUUUUUUAAAUUAAAUUAAUUUAGUAGAACGAUAAUGAAAACUAUUUAAGACCAUUUAAAAAAAGUGUCAACUACCCUAUGCAACACUUGCAUAUGACACUUUCGGCUGUACACUAGAUUGACAUACGAAACUGCAGGUUCCAUUGCACGAUGGAUAUAAAUAGCCACUCGAUAAUGCCACUCUAAUAUCAACCUAAUCCGCCUUGUUCUAAAGUGGAAUUUCAAAUGGGCUGUUUGUAAAACAAAUAAAUAAGUAGUAAGAGAUAAGACUUAAAAGUGAGUAACAUUAAGCUCAUUUUUCUUUGCAUGCAAGAACAUGCAAUAGAUUUGAACUUUCAGUAAGUAAUCAACUUUAACUAUUCAUACAUGACUAGUGCAUAUGUCACUGAAUUGUCAUUUUACUGACUGGGAUUUAUAAAUAGUCGUACAUACGAUCAAUCUUACUUGAGAUUAUUAAUUCCAGUAAGUAAAAUGACAUUUCAGUGACAGAUGCACAUGUCAUUUUAUUGACUGGAAUUAAUGAUCGUACUAUAAAGUAUAGGCUACACAAACGCGUCCAAGCUACGCCUGAUAAAUCACACUACAUGUAAAUAAUUACUUACAAAAUUCAAUCUUGGACAUUAUUGUGAUUGUUACAUUUUAUAAAAAGGUCUGUUUUUAGUCUUUUUUUUUUUAAAUAAUGUGUUAAAAGUAUAAACAAAUCAUAUGUUUAAAUAUAAAAUUUAUGUGUACAGCCGAUUCAGUAUGCAUUACAUUGAGAAACAGAAUUCCUGUAGAACGUAGUUUGUAAAGGAAAGCACGAUCCGUCCACAAAGAUGUGUUUUCUCCCGACAGGUAGCCAUAUUUACAUACGUUCAACGUAUGUAAAAUAUAUCUACGAGUAAACAUCUAAUCUAUUUUAAUGACGAUUGUAAAAGUUGCUAUUCGAUGCUGAAUUUUCUCGAUUUGAAAAUAAAUAAACAAUUGGAACAAGUAAGCUGCGCUCCGCCGGACAUUUAGGCAUAUAACAGGAAAAAGAAGUGAAAAAUAGCAACUUUUCCGAUAACAAACUAAGGUAAUAUCAUUAUGCCCAUAAAAUCGUUCUUAAACUAAGCUAAGGUUACUAGUAAAGCGUCUAAGUUGCGUCCACGUUGGUGCGCUGCGUCAAUCAUAACGAAUAUGUUCUAGUUAGUGAUUGGUCAUACUCAGGAUGGUUCUUGUUUGUGAUUGGACGCAGCACACGUCACUGGGGACGCAAAAUGGACGCUCCAGUGGGGCCUUCGCUUUAAUGUAACUGCCUAUGUACCUACGUAAAGUACGAAUAUAAGAUUGCACAAUUUAUGUUAAAAUUAUUGUCAUGUGGUGUAAAAGAUUUAAAUCCAAGAUAUGCUCUGACAACGUAUUCAUGUUUCUAAACCAUUCUAAAUUCACUCUUUAGUUGAGAGCAUGUCUUAAGAUUUUCAUCGUGUCGCCAAAAUUAAGUAAAGGAGAAAUCAAUAAAUGUUCUUAAAAUAAGUUAAACUGCUUUAUGGUUUUUUAUCACAUACCUACCAAUACAUAACUUUAUACUUUUCUAAGACUGUGGUGUUAUAUGUAUUUCUUACCAUCUUUGUAGGUACAAGUGCUGUUUCAUUUCAAUUUUAAUACAACUAAUAAUUGUUACUAUUUUAUUUUAUUAAAUACAAUGUGGCCAUCAUUAAAUUUAAAUAGAUGCAAAAUACAUAAUUCAAAUUAAUUUAUUUUAUUUAAAAAUGCAGUUAAGUACAUUUUAUUUGCAAUGAUUUUUUUAUGUUACAAGGUGUUAAAAUAUGAUGUCACUUUUCGGCUUUAUUGCAACAAAAUGACAGAAAAUAUUUGAAAUUGUUUAAUUUAAUAAAACAAUUUAUUAAAAAUGUUAUUUUUAAUAUAGAUAAAUCAUUAGUCUUACGAAAGUAUAAAGUUACGUAUUUUAUAAUACAGAUUUUGUCAUGUCACUUUUUGUGUCGGGGUCAAUGAACUCCAAACCCACAUGGUACCAGUAACAAAGUAUAUGUUGUUUGUGUCGAGUGAAAACCGCCGGUAGAAAUGUUAAAUUAUGUUAAAAUACGAUUAACAAUAUCGAGGUGUAUCCAGAAAUAAAGCGGUACAUGGAA